GGGACCCCAGACAGAGGAGUUGGUAGUUCCUACCUACUCUGGAGUGUAGAGAAGAUAUGGAUCAUGAGCAGAGUCAAGGAGCUGUGCUGCUGCAGCUGCUACAGCUUCUGUGGCUGCUAUCCCAUUCCUGGGCUAUCCCCACAGCAAUUACCCCAGCGUGGCAGGAUGAGCUGCAAAACCACACGUUCCAGCACACCGUGUUCUGUCAAGAUUGGGAUCCAAGCCUUGGGCUCUCUGAGACCUAUGACCAGGACCUGCUCUUCUCCUUCGACUUUUUCCAUGACACCAGAGUACCUCAUCUACCUGAAUUUUCUAAGUGGAUUCAGGACCAAGGAGACACCCCCGCCAUCUUAUUUGACAAGAAGCUCUGUGAAGCAAUACUUCAGCAAAUAGGCCCCCAACUGGAAAAGUAUAUCCCAAUGGCCAGAGGUUUCCCUGUGCCGGAGGUGUUCACGAUGAAGCCCCUGGAGUUUGGCAAACCCAAUACGCUGGUCUGCUUUAUCACGAACCUCUUCCCGCCAACCUUAACAGUGGACUGGCAGCAUAACUAUGCCCCUGUGGAAGGAGCCGGGCCCACGCUUGUCUUGGCCGUGGAGGGACUCACCUUCCAAGCAUUUUCUUAUUUAAACUUCACGCCAGAGCCCUCUGACGUUUUCUCCUGCAUUGUGACUCAUGAAAUCGAUGGCCACACAUCUGUUGCCUAUUGGGUGCCCCAGAAUGCCCUGCCCUCGGAUCUCCUGGAGAACGUGCUAUGUGGGGUGGCUUUUGGCCUAGGUGUGCUGGGCAUCAUUGCAGGCGUUGUCCUCAUCAUCUACUUCCGAAAGCCUUGCUCAGAUGACUGAUGCUUCUGGACCAGAGUUUGAUAGCAAUAAUCAGCCAUCCAGGAUGGUCAGAGGUGCCUCGUGUCCUGGCCGGGAGCGCUCCUUCUCAGAGGCUUCUCCGGUGUGCAUGGGGAGAGGAGUGGGGGUAUCUCUGCUGAGGGCUGUGCUGCCCUGUGUGUCUGACUACAGCAGAACACCUGUCACAUUCACCCACCUUCCCACUUCAAGGCAAUAAACCUCAUUUC